UCUCUCUCUGUGUCUCUCUCCCCCGCCGUGGGCCUCCUGACCGGGAAACUGAGGCCCCACCGGGGCCGGGGACGCGGAGCGUCGGUCCGUCGGGGUCUCCGCAUCCCGGCUGGCAACUCUCGCUUCCCAGCCGUCCCGUCCAGGCCCGGGAGAGGAGGUUCCCAGGCCGAGCUGCGGAGCGGGCCCCGAGGCCGAGAGACUCAAGAUGAAAGGCGUCGUGACCAACUCCCCGCCCGGAGGCUCCGACCACCACCAGGCCCAGAUGAACGGCUACGGCUGGCCAUCGUAUCCCCCGCCGGAUGGAGGGUCCAACGCUCAGUCCAGUGCCAAGGCCCUGUACGGGACCGAAGGAUUCUUCUUCUUCAGAUCAUCGUCCAAGCAGAAAAAGAAAGAGCAACGGAAGACUUACGCCCGCGAUAGCGUCGGCCGCCUGCCCGACGUCUCCCAGUAUCGAGUGGAACACCUGACCACGUUCGUGCUGGACCGGAGGGACGCCAUGGUCACGGUGGACGACGGCAUCCGGAAGCUGCGGCUGCUGUUGGCCAAGGGCCGGGUCUGGACGCAAGACAUGAUCCUGCAGGUGGACGACAAGGCCGUCAGCCUCGUCGACCUGGAGUCGGGGAACGAGCUGGAGCACUUCCCCCUGGGCACCGUGCAGCUGUGCCAGGCUGUACUGAGCGCCUGCAGCUACGACUCCGUCCUCGCCCUGGCUUGCAAGGACCCGGCGCAGAGCAGACCCGACCUCCACCUCUUCCAGUGUGACCAGGUCAAGGCCGACCUCAUCUGCGACGACAUCGAAAGCGCCAUCAGCGACAGCAGAGGGGGGAAGCCGAAGAGGCGGCCGGAGGUGCUGAGGCUGGUGUCCCAGGCGUCCGGCGGCAUCCCGCCGCCCCCGACGGCCCCGGCCCCGGCCCCGCCGGGCACCGUCACCCAAGUGGACGUGCGGAGCCGCGUGGCGGCCUGGUCCGCCUGGGCCGCCGACCACGGAGACUACGAGCGGUCCCGGCCGCCCCAGGAUCUGGAGGAGUCCGCCGAGAUGACCGCGGCCCGGAUCGACCGCGAUGUCCAAAUCCUGAACCACACGCUGGACGACAUUGAGUUCUUCGUCACCAAGCUCCAGAAAGCGGCCGAGGCAUUUUCCGAGCUGUCCAAGAGGAAGAAGGCCAAGCGGAGCAAGAAGAAAUCCCCCGGGGAGGGUGUUCUGACGCUGCGGGCCCGGCCUCCUCCGCCGGACGAGUUCGUCGACUGUUUUCAGAAGUUCAAGCACGGCUUUAACCUCCUGGCCAAACUGAAGGCCCACAUCCAGAACCCCAGCGCGGAGGAUUUGGUCCACUUCCUGUUCACCCCGUUAAGCAUGGUAGUCCAAGCAACCGGGGGUCCCGACUUGGCCAAAAGCGUCCUGAGCCCCCUCCUGACCCGGGACACGGUGGACCUUUUACAGAGCGCGGUCCGAGCCGAAGAACAGCAGCUCUGGCUGUCGCUGGGAGACGCGUGGAUCAGAACCAGAGCCGAGUGGCCCAGAGAUCAGUUCAUCCCGCCGUACGUCCCGCGGUUCCGGAAUGGCUGGGAGCCGCCCCUCCUCAGCUCCCAGGGCGUCACCCCGGGCGCCGCACAGGGCGAGCAAAACCUCUACCAGCUGGCCGAAUCCGUGGCGGGCAUGGCGGACCAUCGACGGGAACAGGAACACAGCAGGCCGUCUGCCGAGCAGGCCAACGGGCCGGACUUCCCGCCGCCAUCCGACAGGGGCUCCGAGGGCGGCCUCGCCCAGCAGAAGAAGCUGGCCAAAUCCAAGUACGACUUCGUGGCGCGCAACAGCAGCGAGCUUUCCGUCAUGAAGGACGACAUCCUGGAGGUCCUGGAUGACCGGAAGCAGUGGUGGAAGGUCCGUGGCGCCGGCGGCGACUGUGGCUUUGUCCCCAACAACAUCCUGGACCCCGUGUGGCCCCAGGAGCCCGGCCUGCCCCGCUCCGACCCGCCCUACACUCACACCAUCCAGAAGCAGAGACUGGACCAAGGCCCGCGGCAGCCGGACCCCGAAACCAUCCCGGCCCCUCCUUCGACCCCGGCCCCCGGCCCCCAACCUCCGCCCGCGUCCAAGACAGCCCCGGCCAGCGGCCGCCCCGGCGACGGCGACGGGGGAAUCGUCCUCAGAGACGGUGUGAGGCAGAAGCCGGCCUCCGCAGACGGCCGCAAGUCUCAGAUGGAGGAGGUCCAGGACGAGCUGGCACAGAGGCUGACCAUCGGGCGCGGGGCGGCGCAGAGGAAGCUGCAGGCCCCGCGCCCGCCGCCGCCCGCCGUCCACGUCACCUACGAGUCCCCCGCCGAACAGGUCAAGCUGUGGCUCCAAUCCAAGGCCUUCAGCCCCGUGACGGUGAGCAGCCUGGGGGUGCUGACGGGCGCCCAGCUGUUCUCCCUGAACAAGGCCGAGCUGCGGGCCGUCUGCCCCGAGGGCGCGCGAGUCUACAGUCAGAUCACCGUGCAGAAAGCCGCUCUCGAGGACACCGAAGGCAGCUCCGAACUGCAGGAGAUCAUGCGUCGCCGCAAAGAGAAGAUCGCGGCGGCGGGCAGCGACUCCGGGGUGGAGUCCUUCGACGAAGGAAGCGGCCACUGACCGCCCCUCGGUUUCCCCCCGGGCCUCGUCGCGCCGCGUUCGGUUUUUAGGAAGCCACGGGAAAGCUGGG